AUGCGACAUCGCCGGCGACCGCUUCGCUACUACUCGGACAAGGGGCUACAGUACUCUCUAGGACGCGUGACUAUCGGCUCCACAGACUUUUCGACGAGCAUCUACUCGUACAACAACAACCCGGGGGAUCUCGCGCAGGCCAAGUUCUCUAUCGACGUGGAUCGAAAGUCGAACAAGAUCGACUUGAUCCAACGCGCUCUCCGCACGUCCACGCGUGAUGUCAAGCUGUACGCGUCUUCGUGGGCUCCUCCUGCCUGGAUGACGACAGAGAACACGACGAUCAACUGCGCAGUCAAGGGCAAACCCGGUGAGGCGUACUGGAAGUCGCUGGCUCUGUACUAUUCCAAGUUUUUCGACGCGUACAAGACGGAGGGCAUCGAGUUCUGGGCCAUGACGGUGCAGAACGAGCCCACCAAGUCCAUUCUCCAGACGUCGGCGUGGCAGUCGCUGCGGAUGUCUGCCGAGGUGCAACGUGACUUUGUCAAGCUGGAUCUGGGUCCCACUAUGGCCCAGACCCACCCUGACCUCAAGAUCAUUGCAGGCGAUGACCAGAAGUCAGGCAUCUUGGACGAACUGGCGCCGUUCCAAGACCCAGAGUCGCUCCAGUACAUCAGCGGACUGGGCGUCCACUGGUACCGCAACUUGGACUUUUUCUUCUUCGGCAUCGGCGGAGACUUUGACAAACUCUUGACGUUCCAUAAUAAAUUCCCCAAUGUCUUCAUGCUCGCCACCGAGGCGUGCGAGGGAUUCCUUUCGAGCUGGUUAGGCACCGGCUCGGGUCCGUCUCUAAAGGACGAGGACAAGAGCUGGUCUCGUGCGGAGGAUUACGGCCGCGAUAUCAUCGAGGACGUCAACAACUUUGUGGUCGGCUGGACCGACUGGAACUUGGCUCUGGAUACCGCGGGAGGCCCCAACUGGGCCGAGAACUUCGUGGACGCGCCCAUCCUGGUGGACGAAGAGGGCGGCGCCGAGUUCUACAAGCAGCCGAUGUUCUACGUCAUGGGCCACUUUCGCUGA